AUGGCCAACUUUCGCCGCUUCACGCCUGGCGACCUCAACAAGCUUUCCAAGUGCAACCUCGAUCCCCUAACCGAAACAUACGAGCUGUCUUUCUACCUCCAAUACUAUGCCAAGUGGCCUGCGCUCUUCCAGGUCGCAGAAGACAGCGAGGGCAACAUCAUCGGAUACAUUAUGGGCAAGCUCGAGUCUUCGCCCGAUGUCUACAAGUAUUCGGAGCACUUCCUGCCCUGGCACGCCCACAUCACGGCUAUCACUAUCGCGCCCGAUGCGCGCCGGCUCGGUAUCGGCAAGCUUCUGAGCGAACAACUGGAGGCAGCGGCCGACGCCAACGAUGCCUGGUUCGUCGACCUGUUUGUUCGCGUGACCAACUACCGCGCCAUCACAUUUUACGAGAGCAUGGGCUACAGCGUCUUCCGCGUCGUGAAGGAAUACUACGGCGACCACUCGACAGAUCCGAGCCAGAGCUCCGAGGACGCUUACGAUAUGCGCAAGCCAAUGAAGCGGGACGUCAAGCGGGAACAUGUACGCGACGAUGGCAAGAACCACGAAGUUACGCCCUACGACGUGUGGUAG